GGAGGACAUUUUCACGAUCCCCAGAACCUACUUUUUUGUCUCAUAGGAAUAACACAUUACUUUCUAAGCUCUGCUUUUCAUUCCUUUUAUGUCAAAAAAACACAAUAAACGGGCACGGUUGUGUCAGUGGAAUUGUGCAAUAGUAAAACAUGGAGCGCUAUGAGAUUCUCAAAGAUAUUGGGUCUGGCAAUUUUGCUGAGGCCAAGCUCGUUAGGGACAACUGCACCAACAAGUUCUUUGCUGUCAAGUUUAUUGAGAGAGGCCAGAAGAUUGAUGAGAAUGUCCAGAGGGAAAUCAUGAACCAUAGAUCAUUGAAGCAUCCCAAUAUUAUUAGAUUCAAAGAGAUCCUGCUGACACCAACACAUCUAGCCAUAGUAAUGGAGUAUGCUGCUGGAGGAGAACUUUUUGAGAGGAUAUGCAGUGCUGGUAGAUUCAGUGAAGAUGAGGCAAGAUUUUUCUUUCAGCAAUUGAUAUCAGGAGUCAGUUACUGUCAUUCAAUGGAAAUCUGUCAUAGAGAUCUGAAACUUGAAAACACGCUCUUAGAUGGAAGCACUGCACCACGAGUCAAAAUUUGUGACUUUGGUUACUCGAAGUCAUCAAUAUUGCAUUCACAACCUAAUUCUACGGUAGGAACUCCAGCUUACAUUGCACCUGAGGUCCUUAUGAUGAAAGAAUACGAUGGAAAGAUUGCAGAUGUUUGGUCUUGUGGAGUCACCUUAUAUGUGAUGGUAGUUGGGGCUUAUCCUUUUGAAGACCCUGCAGAUCCAAGAAACUUCAAAAAAACCAUUGGUAAGAUACUUAGUGUCCAGUACUCAAUCCCUGAUUACGUACGAGUUUCCAUGGAAUGCAUACAUCUUUUAUCACAAAUAUUUGUGGCAAGCCCUGACAAGAGAAUAACAAUACCAGAAAUUAAAAACCAUCCAUGGUUUUUGAAGAACUUACCAAUAGAAUUAAUGGAAGGUGGAAGUUGGCAAAUCAAUGAUGUGUAUGAUCCAUCACAAAGUGUUGAGGAAGUUCUGUCUAUUCUACAAGAGGCAAGAAAAUGUCUUAAGGUUCCCAAGGUUGGCGGUCUUCUUACUGGUGGCAGCAUGGACCUGGAUGAGUUGGAUAGUGAUGAAGAUCUGGAAGAUGUAGAAUCAAGCAGUGAAUUUGUGUGCCCUCCUCUUUAAGUGUGUAUAUAAACAAGCUGAGCUUUUGUUAGCUGUGAAAUUGUGAAUAUAUUUUUAAAUUAUUAGUAUGUUUGGAUUCGCGUUUAAAUACCUAUAAAUCCAUGUUUACUUACGAAAACGCUGUUAGUGGCUUGUUAUUUCUUAGUUUUGGCAUGAUGAUGGAUUUUUCCCUAUGCUUUUUUGCCCCCUCCAUCAUGCUAAACACACUAGUGGAUGUGAUCAGAUUUAGGAUUAGGAACUUUCAGAUCCUAGUACCAUUUUCCUAGUAAUGUAACACCACUUGAACUUUUGCAAGGAUGAGAAUAUGAAAUAAAGCAAGUUG